CUCAACCAUCCUCAGCGCAAACCCUCCCCCUCAUCCACUUCCUCACAUCCACGCACAGGAACUUCUUUCGUAGUAGGUCGAUCAGCGAGUCCCAGUGUUGUGUCGGGGCCAACGGCCCGCUGCUGCCUGUCUUGUUCGCCAACAUGACUGUUGAUCUCGAGUUUCGGUUGCAAGCCAGAACCAUUCUGAUCACGCCAGGCCAGGCCCUGUGCGAUGGUGGUGGCUCGGUCGGCAUGUUCAGCGCAGGCGGGUCUGGAUCACCUCCCAUGCACGGGGGCGACAGCGACCCGUCGCUGCAAUCCGUCACGCCGUCGUCAUCCGCGUCGGAGCUGUGCGGCUCGUCUGACGACGUGGACGAGCAGAGUUCGUCGGCGGCAGUGGCGCACGCCGUGGCGCAGCUGCUGGAGGCCCUUGGGGAAGAUCCCUGCCGCCAUGGCCUCGUCAAGACGCCUCAACGCGUCGCUCGAGCUAUGGAGUCCGCCACUCAAGGCUACAACCACGACGCGGUGCGCAUAAUCCUCUCAGCCAUAUUCUCCGAAGGCCCGGCAGUCGGCGAUUCCGCGCGAGGGGGCGGUGCAGGGGGGCUGGUUCUGGUGCGGGGCAUUGACACGUUUGCGUUGUGCCGGGGUUGUUUGCUUCCGUUGCGCCUGCGCUGCCACAUGGCGUACGUGCCGCACAGCCAUCGGGUGGUGGGCCUCAGCAAGCUGCCCCGCGCGGCUGUGGCUCUCUCGCGUCGCCGCGUGUGCGCGCAGUCGUUGGCGCGCCUGCUGUGCCGCACAGUGGACGAGGCGCUGGCGCCGCUGGGCGUGGCAGUGGUGGUGGAGGCGGCACACCUUGUCGGCCUGGAGGAGAGCGUCACUGCCGCCGCUGCCCGCCCGGCCGCCUUGGACUCGCUCACCGGUGUGGGCUCUAGCAAGAUACGCUCGGCUGGAUGGGCGCAGGAAGGCGAGGGUGGGCACGAUAUGGCCUGUGGUGCGAUGGGAGUGUUUUCGAAGCAGAGCGAGCUGGUGGACGAGGUGCUGGCGCUGCUCCACGUGGAUCCAGACGCCGUCUCCGUUGCGCAUCUACAACACGGUGACGCUGAAGGGGGGGGGGUCAACGCCACUGCCGCAGACGACAUCGUAGGCACCAGCGAAUCCGGCGUGACGGAGUUGCCCGAGGACGCUGUUUGCCCUGUGCUAAGGCCACGCGCUUCAGGGAGGGCAGUGCAAGGCGGAGCAGCAGGGCGCAGCGGUUGCGGUGACUGUGACAUGCGCGCAUGGCUGUGUCGCUGUUCAUCAGGGCCCGCUCUCAGCGCUGCCGGCGGCUCUGCCCUGCAGGAGGCCAUCCCAGACGCGCGUGCCGCAGAUGGGCUCCUUGCUUCGUGGCGCCUGCUGUGCCGCUGGCUGGGUACGAAGGAAGAGCGGGGCCAGCAGCGGUGUGGGGGGAAAGUUCCAUUGUCGGAAGCAAGGCAGGCGGGCGUUGAGGGAGGCACACGUGAGCAGGUUCCAGCACAGGCACAUGUGGAUCAACAGAAGCCCAGGGGCACAGCAGACGCGGACACGGAGAGGGAGGCUGAUGAAACGACAGGACCAUGGUCAGGCCUGUCCGUGUGUGUGGCUCGUUACCUCUGCUAUCUAUCGGCCGCUACACGUGGCACGCACGUCCACCUGCACCAGGUUGUUGCGCUCCCCCAGUCUUCACAACGCUGCUUGCACAGUCCAAAGGAAGCACAUGGCGCUGCUUGCGCCGUACUAGCAAACGAAGACAAAACCCUAGCCACACAAGACGUGGCAAACGCGGAGAGGAAGGGAUUCCCAGCCACUCAGCCUGUGGCGGCUGCAUGUGGCGGCAGAGGAGCAGGGGAAGGACUGUUGGUGGAAGCCGUGGUACGCGGAGAGGAGAGCUAUGGUGGAGUCGAUGGAGUGUCUGUGGCUGCUGGGUCUGCCAUAGCACUCGUGGCAGUUGGGGACGCGCACACUGCUCGCAGGCGCACGGACAUGGCGAUGGAGGUGCACUUGGCUGUGCCCUUCUCAUCGCUCUGUGAACACCACCUGCUGCCUUUCUUUGGUGCUGUCCAUGUGGCACUUAGCUGUCCACAAGUCCGCUCAACUGCCCUCUCAUCCCCCCCCAGUUCUUCGGCUGGUGAUCCAGUGCCCCCCCUGCUGUCAGCGGAGGCACUGGCUGCCAUCUGCUGGCUGUAUGGCCGCCGCCUGCAGGUGCAGGAGCGCUUCACCCGGCAGGUGGCAGAGGCAGUCCUGGAGGCAUGUGGUGGACAGGCUGAGGGGGUGAUGGUGGUGGUGGAGGCGCACCACAUGUGCAUGAUCGUCAGGGGGGUGGAGAAAGCCACCACCACCACAUCUACUGUCGCUACGUUUGGCGCCUUCUCCUUGUUUCCACGCAUGAGAGCCAGGUUCCUUAGUAUGCUGCCAAGGGCGAGCUCUUGUUGUGUAAACAGCUGAAGGCGCAUGAACGGACUCUGCACACACCUUGACUCCCCUCGUGCAAAACACUGCCCAUACCCUGCCUUUCAACACCCCAGCAGCUAUACCGUAUUCCCCCGGAUAUACGCGCAGGGGUGCGUUUAGGGAUUAUAGUCAAAUUUUGGGGGGUGCGUUUAUUCGAAUUUUUUCAAUAUGGCCCAGUGCGUUUAAAAU